AUGAAAUCCUUAUAUAACGAAAUGGAUAAAAUACUUCCUUAAACUAAGACAACUGGCGCCUUAUGGUUGGGUAAUAUAAAGGCAGCUUAAAAUAUCGUUAGGCUAAACCAAGAAAACAUUAAAACAGUACUCACAAUAGCCAAUAACUCAAAUUUAUCUUAUCCACAACAUCAAAGAAUGAGACAUAAAGUAAAUAAUCAUAAUUUAUAAAGGUUUUUGAAAUAAAGGACAAUGUCAAUGUGAAUAUCCUUGAUUUAAUUGAAAUAACAAAUAAAUACAUAGAAGAGUCACUCUAAUAUGGUUCUGUAUUAGUUCAUUGCAUGGCAGGAAUUUCUAGAUCAGUUUCUUGUGUUUUAGCUUAUUUAAUUCAUAAAAAUAAUUGGGAUUAUGAAUAAGCUUUUCAAUUUGUAAAGUCUAAAAGAAAUUGCUCUAAACCUAAUGAAGGAUUUAAGAAAUAAUUAAUUUAAUAUGCAGAGUAAAAGUUACCAAAAAGUUAGAAUAAAGAUGAUAAUUAAUAAAAACUAUUAAAUGAUUUAAGAAGGAAAUUGUACCUCUCCCCAGAUGAAAUUGUGAAAAAAACUUAAUUAGUGAAGUCGCCUUAUAAAUAAAUUACUUCAUUAAAUUAAAAUUCAACAGCUGAAGAAAAAUAAUAAUAUCGUUAAUAAAUGGCAUAAAAAUUAUUUGUAAGUACAUUUUUUAAAGACAAUUUACAUAAAAAUACUUAUUCAUUAACAUAAAAUAAAAUCAAGAGUGGUCAACCAGUAACUAAAAGAGCUUAAUUGAGCAUGUAUCAUUCAAUAUAAGAAUCAGAUUUUGGAUUUUUAUCAGAAAGAUUCAACAAAGCAUGA